AUGCCGCCGGCGGUCGCACCCCUGCCCGUGAUCUUCGAGCAUGAGCGGGGCUACCUUAGCUUGCUCAAGACCGACCUGGUCUUUGAGCCCCAGACUUGGGAGGCUGAAGGCAUGGAGCUGCCCGUGGCCAGCUUGGUGCGACCUCCAUAUGUCAGCGAGCAGCGCCUGGUGUGCGAGGCGCGCGGUGAUGCGUACAUCUUUCACCUCGAGCGCGAAUAUCUCAAUCAAGCAGAGGCACUCUGCGACAAGCUACAGGCCUUGGUCGAGGUCCACCAGCCUGGUCUUUUGAGCAUGCGCGAUCAGAACAUGACCGAUCAAGCUUUUGAUGCCGAACUGGACCCGCUGGAUGUCGAACUCCAGCUUGACCUGGGCGCAGACUUUGAGGGCGCGGAUGAGCCUCUGGUCAUUCCCAAACGUGCCUUGUCACCCGAUACGGCCUCCUUGGCCACUCUCGACCCAUGGCAAGCGGGCACCAGUCCCAAACAAACUGCCAACUCCUUCACCGCACCUACCGCCGCAGUGGCCAACGCAGCCUCGGAACCAACACCACGCCAAAGUCUGGAUCGUGGCCCCACUCUCACGAGCCAGGAACAGACUUCUCCCGUUGCCCCCGCCCCGGAGGAACGGCGCCGCAAACUGGGCUCCUUGGCAAGCUUUUUCAAGUCUGGCGUGCAAGAUGCCCUUCACAUGAUCAACACGCGGCAAAUUAAGGGUCCGGCCUCUGAGGCUGAGACUUCGACGGGCAUCCCCGUCCGCUCACGGGUGUUGGUGAAUGGACGCAGUGGCCUGCUGGCAUACUGCGGGAUGGUUCAUUUUGAGGCUGGGGAAUGGGCCGGUGUCUACCUUGAAGAGCCGGUAGGUGAGCAUGACGGCGUGCACAGCAGCGUGCGCUAUUUCACCUGCCCGCCCCGUCAUGGCAUCAUGGUCCAAGUGUCCAAGGUGCGAUUGGACCGUCAUCGCAAGCCUUGGCGCAACCUGGCACUUCAACCCUUCCUCCGUUUCCCCAUGCCAGUCUGGAAUGAGGAGGACCUCGCCAAGCCGGCCCGCGUCUGCAAGCAAUGCUAUGAGCCCUGCACUGUAAUCAACAGCCUCAACCCAGCGUUGUGGAAAAACAAGAAGUUGACAUAUGCAGCGAGCAAGACGACGCUGGCCGCGCAAGCUAAAGCACUCCAACGCAUCCGUGAUCUUUUUGAAGCCAAGGGCAAGGACAACUAUAGCUGGGGACUGAGCUACAGCUAUCUUGCCUGUGCCGUCCUCUUCCUUUGCAACUCGGCCGUCAACGAGCUACAACGCCAAGCCAUUGCGUGCCUGCGUGUCUGCAUGAGCGUGGCGCCUUUGCUGUGGUUCCAACUAUUGGACAACGGCCUGCUGACCGUCUUCUCAAACUUGAUACUUCGCCAAAUGGACGCUGCAGUCACUGUAGAGGCUCUGAAAAUCUUGCAUCAGCUAUUGACAACCAAUAGCGCCAUGCACGAUCUAGCCAUCGAGGCGGACUUGCCGGCAGCCCUGAUGACUGCCAUGGCUGAUGGCACGCGGUCUACAAAGAUUGUGGCUUCGCAGAUCAUCAAGCUCUUGGCCGAGAGUCGUGCUUGUGCCAAAAGCAUCGCACAGGUGCAAGAGGGCCAGAACAUGCGUCUUCUCAUGACGCACGCCGUUCUCUUCUACCUGGUUCCCCCGGCGCAAGAACAGCUUCUGUGUGCUUUGGCCCAUGUUUCGGCACACAGCGACUUGAUUCGCGACGUUUAUGCGACAUUCAAGGCCAUGGCCAUGCCGUUGCUCAUCUGCCUGGCCAACUUACAAGGCGCCAAUGGGGUGGGAAACUACGAGGCUGAAACGUUUCGCACUCGUUCCAUGUGCCACAUCGUGUGCAUCCUCGCCAACAUGUCCACGCUAGCCAUUGAUCCUGAGCUGGACUUGUACAUCAUUCUUGACUCUUGCAUGUCACUUCAAAUGGUUUGCCGUGAUCAAGAUGUUCAACAGCAUCUUUCCCGCUAUGCUGCAGUGCUUGUCAACCACUUGCGCCCCUUUCUGUCCCCGCUUGAGGCUGUACCAGAGCCAGCCACGGCCACUCACAUUCUUUCGAUGCUGACGCACAUUGCUGAUACCUGUCCUCGCGACCUCGCGCAAAAUAUGGAUGAUAUGGAUGAGAUGCUGGAUCGAUAUCUCAACGCCGAGCACCAAGAGCACCGCUACCUGGUUCAAAAGGUGCUGGCUUUGCUCGACGCACGAACAGCACAAAAUGUUGUUUGUGAAAUCGAAACUCGCCUGGCGCCGCCCACCUCGUUUUAUGCUUUUGACCCCACUAUCUCAACCAAGGGCGUCCUAGAUGCCCGCCCCGCCGUCAUGGCAACCGCCAACCCCCAGGAUAAUCUGGCCAAGGACAACAUGGUUCUGCAGCAGCGUUUUCAGCAGCUGCAUCAUGAUCUAGAUGAUCAACUGACCCGCUUCGACAAGCUGCUGCAAGACGUUCCCCCAAAAAGUGACACUUUUAAGCUUUUGAGUGAGCGCCGAACGGCCUUGCUUGCCCGGCGCAGCGAACUUGAAAAAACAUUGGCAGGGAAGCCCGUUCCGGCAGAAGCCAGUGCUAAAGCAUGA